AUCUGGUUUUAUGUAAUCUGUGGUUGCAUGUUAUAUUUUCUAGGUGUUAAGUACACAUGUAUUUUUCAGCUGAGACUGAUUUAUGUUUUUGUUAUCUAUGCAUAGAUCUAUGAUCGAAUCUGAAUCCGUGUUAUUGUUUAAUGAUUAUAGUGUAGACUGUGCUUUCUACGACUUGAUGCUUCCUUAGAAUACUAACUUUACGCGAUACUACACUUUUUAAGUACUAGUUUUGAUGUUCUUAUAUUCAUUAUAUUGUUAUAUGUGUAUUAAACAUGUAAAAUGGUGCUAGAAUCUUGUUCUGUGAAAAGAUUACUGUACAUGAUUUUAUUUAUAGGAGGGUAAAUAUUGUUUAAUAUAUUAUUAUUAUAUAUUAUUUACAUAAAAUAAUAAACACUAAAAUAUAAAUCAAAUAUUAUUUAAGUUACCUAUUGAUAUUGAUUUCAUUUAAUUGCAAAGAUUACUAAUACUAUAUUUAUUUAGUUUAAAUCUCAAUAGAUUAUAAUAUUUAAGUUUCCAUUAUGUUUUUACAAUGUCCAUGUAAUGUGAAUCUCCAUACUAUACAAUGUAAUGUAUCAUUAUGUUUAGACUUAAGUAGAAUUACAUAGGUUUUUAAUAAUAAUAUCAAAUUUUUUUAUUUUAGAAUAACAAUAUUAAUAUUUUUGAAAAUUACAUCUUCAAAUGUUUUAACUGGACUUAAUGCUACAGUAAUAACAGAAAUAGCAGAAAGUAUAAAAGAUCACAAAAACUCAUCAAAUAGGUGUUGGUUGAGAGAAGAAAAUACUAUAAUAAAAGAAUGUCAUUCGUGUAUUAACAGGCCUGAAUGCAUAAAUACAAGUUUUGUUGAAACAAUAGAGUGCAAAUUUUCUGGACUGGCAUAUAGAAAGUAUGUACUUAUAUUAUUUUGUUAAACCAGAAUUCUGUAUCGUAAAUUGCCUUUCAUUUUAAUCAUUUAAGUAUAUUUAUUUUUAUGUUUCUUGUAAAUUUAAUUAUUUAUUCUGUAGGACACCUAUUAAAAUAAAAUGUAUGUACCUAUAUAUUAUAUAAAAAAAAUAAAUAUGAUCAAAACAUAACAUUGUUGGUCAACAUAAGAUAUAUUGUUUAUAUGAAUUGAAAAUAAAAAGGUGCCUAACUAAAAACCACACAAAGCAAAAUAGCCACAGGAAAAGAAUACAGUUAUUGGCACCUAAUGAAAACAGUUUUUAUUUUGAAAAGAAGGCCCAGAAAAAUCCCCAUUAUAAAUUAAUAUAAUACAUCCAAAAAAAAUAAAAAAUUGCAUUAUAAAAAAAAAAAAAAAAAAAUAAAGUACAUCUUCUCUAUAUUCUAUUUGUUGUAAUGCGUAUAACGAACCAUCUAAUAUAAUUUGAGUUUUUAAUAAGUCUAUUUGUUUUAGUCAAUUUGUAGUCAAUUUAUCCAUAAUAGUUAUUGUAAGAGUAUUUGAUUGCAAUUUUUGUGGUAAAAUUUUCACUGCAUACAUAUGAAAAAAAAUAAUGUUUUUCAAAUUUUCAACAGCAGAUUCAUUUUUAUUUUUUAAUAGGCAUUAAUUUACAAACAAGUCAUUUUUUUUCCUAAUAUGUUUGUGUUUCUUUUUCUUAGCAUGUGUUAUGGUCCAAAGUUUAUUUUUCCUAUAUUUCAUAUAUUGCUUAUAAUAUAAUAUUUGUGCUUGUUCUGAUUUGUUUUAUUUAAUAGUUGCAACAAACCAACUUCACAAGAAAAAUUGUUUUGGUUAUUUCCAUGUUCACAACUUUUGCUUGCCGCAAUGAGCUUAUGUGUUAUUCAACACAAAAAAAAGCAAUUCUAUAAAAAGUUUAUGAAAAGAAUUCAAAAUCAAUUAGAUUCUGUUGUAUAGUAAUGUAUGUUACAUUAUUAUCAUUUUUUUAACAUUGUAUGAAAUAAUAAUUUAAUCGGUUUUAAAAUAUUUUUUAGUUGAAAAUUAUGUCUUCUUUAUUUAUUAAUAUUAUUGAUUUGGAUGAUGCCAAUGAGCAUGUUACAUGUUCAUUGCAAACAGCCAUUGUUUUAUUUGCUUGUCAAUAUUUGAAAACUCCAGUUGUUCUUGUUAUAUCUAAAAAUACUGAAGAUAGGCACAAUGUACUCAAAUUCUCAGUUUCAUAUUUAAGCUAUACAGUUAUACUAGAAAAUGAUUUGCCUAGACCUGCAUCUGACUGUUUAUUACCAGUAUUCCAAAGUGAUAGUGGAUAUUAUUGUACUGCAGGAUUUUGCUCAUCAUUGCGAAUGGUAUGUUUCUAUCAUAUUAUACUAAAUAAAUAGAAUUAUUUUUGAAUUUUGUUUUUAAUUUACUUUUUAGUUGAUAAAGAGUAUUGAUAAGAAAUGGAUUUGGCUACUAGGUUUUAGACAAGGUUGUUUAUCUGCUUGUGCUGAAGUAUCAACGUGGACAAAAUAUUGUGAAGUUCAAUUACAGGCAUCAAUGAAUAUAUUUUUAAAUUAUAAAAUGACAAAUGAUAAUAUUCCGUUUGAAAUCCCUAUACAGUUGGCUCGAUUUGAAUGUCAUCUAUCUCAACCAUUGCGAAUACAUAAUAUUAAUAAACGUUUGAAUAAUUCAUUCCAUCCGACUCAAAGAUUUGCUGAUGAAGAGAAUCCAACAUUAUCAGAUAUUCUAAUAUUGCCAAAUAUUUAUAUUACCCAUGAAUUUUUGGGAGAAAAUACAAUGAAUACAUUUUUACCAUUAACUUUAAAAUGGUAUAAAUCUGUUUUGGAACAUUUUGAUUGCAAAUUUAUUUUAGAAUGUCUAAUUUUUGAUAGAGUUCAAUUACCAAAUAAUUUUAUUUUGCCUGAAGUUCCAAUCCAAUCUUUAUACAAAUGUGAUUUACGUCGUUAUAAUCCCAAAGCAAAAAUAUACGUCAAACAAAAUGUACAAGAUAUAAUUCAGGUAUUUGAUACCAUAAAUAUUAAUAUGGAAUUGAGCUCUAAUAAUCUGCAUCCUAUUAACUGGGAUGAAUUACCUUAUGAGGUCCAUCCAUCUGGUGGUAAUAUACCUGAUAAAAGAUUGAUGAGAAAAACACAACAGUUAGAAAAUCUCAUUCAUGCUACAUUACAAGUACCUAAUACAAUUUUAAUUUUGUCUAUGGAUUUAUUAAAUGCAUUACCAUUCAUAGAUUGCAAAAGACGGUGAUACUGUGGUUGAUUUCUGUUGUGGAAGUGGGCAUUUAGGAAUUGUAAUUGCUUAUCUUGUUCCUGGUUUAACAGUUAUAUUGGUAGACAAUAAAGAAGAAUCAUUACGGAGAGCUAAACAGCGUAUUGAAAAAUUAAACUUAAAAAAUGUUAUGAUUGUUCAUUCUAAUUUGGAUUAUUUUAAAGCUAAUUUCCAAGUAGGAUAUAUUUCAAUAAUACAAAAAUAAUUUUAAAUACAAAUUUAUAAUUUAUUAGUUAGGAUUGUGUUUGCACGGAUGUGGUGUGGCUACAGAUUUAGUGUUAGAAAAAUGCCUGUUGCAAUGUGCAGCAUUCAUUAUAUGUCCUUGUUGUUAUGGUGGUGUUCAAGUAAGUUAUAAUUACUUAAUGAGGUACAUAAUUCAUUAUAUAUGUAUAUAUAUAUAUACAUUACUUUUGUACAGGAUAACCAUAUUCUAAAGUAUCCCCGAAGUCAGGCUUUGAGACAAGCCAAUUUUUCAUUUGAAGAUUAUUUAGUAUUGUGUCAUUGUGCUGAUCAAACACAUUUUAAUCCAAAUUGCACAAAAACUCAACAAGGUUAUACUUGCAUGGCUGCAGUAGACACAGAUCGUGCUACUCGAGCAAUAGAAGUUGGUUAUAGUGUGAAACUUACCAAAUUGGACCCGCCAACAUGUACACCAAAAAAUAAUAUGAUUAUUGGAAUCCCAUCAUUAAUGAAAUAAAUACUGAAUAUUAUAUUAUACCAUUUUUUUUUUUAUAUUAUUAAACAUAUUAGUAUAAGAUGUACAACUAAUUACUUAUGUCUUAUUAAUCAAGUACAUUAUAUUUAAAACAUUAAUAGUAUUGGUACAAAUGCAACAAAAUAAAAGUAAUUUAAAAUUAAAAACAACAGAAUUCAGAUUAAAAUUUAUUGGUUAAUUCAAUCUGAAUAGAGAUCAGAUUUUAAAUAAUACUAAUAACAAUUAUAAAUAAUUUAAAAUAUUUAAUGUGACUAUAAUUGUAUUAUUUUUAAAAUAUUAAGAUGUUGAUUAUAACUUAAAGAAAUGUUGGUAAAUAAUGACUACAACAUAUUCGUCAUAACUUUGAGUCUGAUGGUGUUGUUAAAGGCGAUAUAUGUCUACAUUUUGGUGUAUAAUUUUUAAUUAUUAAUUUUUUUGGUAAAUAUUCGUCUGUAUGAUGUAAUCUAUGCAUAACACGAGAAUUAAAAUAAUUCAUAGGUUUAUCCAAUUCAUAUUGUAUUUCCAUUUGUUUUUCAAAAUAAUUAAAUAUUCCAUCUCCUAAAAAAUUGAAAAAGAAUAAUUUUAAAAUGCAUAAUAUAUUAUUU